AUGCCUCAGCUGGGAAACAGACGCGGUUUAGCUGAGGAGAUGCUGGUUUUGACAUUGGGAUCAUCAACUCAUCAGGAUUCAUGGAGGAGGAUGAAUAUUCCAGAUAAUAUCAUUCCUCAUUAUUCUCAUGUAAGCGAGGAACUAUGCAUCAGUGGUAUUAUUGCCUUGUGGGUUCUACAAGAUCCUCUGAAAGAGGAAUGGUCCGAGAAAACGUUUGUUUUGCCUGCAGGCAAACAUUUUGAUAAGUUUCGAACCACUGACACUGACACGGGUGAAAUUGUUUAUACACCAAUCUACGAGCAUGCAUCACAAUCAGGUGCUGUCUAUUUUGAUCUCAAGAAUGAUAGUGUGAGAAAUUUUAACAUCGAAGGAAUCACAGAAGAGUAUAUGCUUUGUCCAUCGGACUCCGUUUCUGCUGGUCAGGUUGAGAAUGUCAUGUUUCUAUAA